GCAAUUCUCUCAUCAUCGCCCAUUGACUGCAAAAAUGCGAGGAACAGUGAUUCAAUUCGUUCUAACUCUCGUCUUCAAAUUUUCCCUGGGAAACCCGAAUUUUCUUUUGAUUAUCGUUGACGACUUACGACCCGCCCUGGGGUGCUACUCCGACUGGAAAUCCUUCACCCCGAACAUAGAUGAACUCGCAAGAAAGGGAAUUACUUUUAAUAAUGCUUACGCACAGCAAGCGCUCUGUGCGCCCAGUAGAAACUCCCUCCUCACAUCCCGCAGGCCGGACACACUCGGUCUCUACGACUUUUACAGCUACUGGAGGGAGACCACCGGGAAUUUUACAACUCUACCCCAAUAUCUGAAGGACCACGGCUACACGACAAUGUCUGUAGGAAAAGUUUUUCACCCAGGAAUCAGUUCGAACAAUUCGGACGACAGCCCGUACUCCUGGAGCCGAGAGGCCUUUCAUCCGUAUACUAAUCGGUACAAAGACAGUCCCUUGUGCACUUCUGAGGACGACAGAUUACCCGCACGCAAUCUCGUGUGUCCAGUGGACGUUUCGUCAAUGCCACGGGGGACUCUACCCGAUAUCGAGAAUUUUGAGGCUGCCAAGGAAUUUUUGAAUAAUUACAAGAAUAACAUUACAAAUACACAUGGGGAGACACCAUUUUUCUUGGCACUGGGCUUUGAAAAACCUCACAUACCUUUAAAGCAUCCCAAAAAAUACUUGAGCUAUCAUCCCCUGGAUAAAUUUACACUGAACGACUAUUAUUGGCCUGAUAACAUCAGCAGCGUUGCGUACAACCCCUGGACUGACCUACGAAAGCGCGAAGACGUGGAGAAGUUGAAUUUGACAUUUCCCUGGGAGAAAAUACCAGAAAAUUUUGGAAAGAAAAUAUUGCAGUCGUAUUAUUCAGCCGUUUCGUACAUAGAUGAGUUGAUCGGGGGAUUGAUGAGCGAGACGAAGAAAUUGGGACUGGAUAAGAAUACGGUUGUUAUAUUAACAUCUGAUCACGGGUGGUCUCUAGGGGAGCACUCUCAAUGGGGAAAAUACAGUAACUUCGAAGUAGCUGUCCGAGUCCCCCUGAUCGUCUCCCUCCCCAAUAGUCACCAACGGAUUAAUCUAAAAUCCAACGCAAUAGUUGAACUAGUGGAUUUAUUUCCCACAAUCGCUGAGUUAUCUGGCAAUCCCAUAAAACUAUGUCCCAAAAAUCAUUCUGGAAUAGUUUGCAGCGAGGGAAUCAGUUUCGUUCCCGUUUGCAACGCCGUUUCUCAAAAUAAGAUAAUAAAUUGGAAAAGAGGUGGAUUCAGUCAAUAUCCACGCCCUGGUGUAUCACCUACGUGGUCACCAAACAGCGAUGAGCCACGUCUUCAUCAAAUCAAGAUAAUGGGCUACACAUUACGUACAAAACACUACCGUUACACAGCAUGGGUUAAAUUUGAUGUUCUGAGAAUGACGAGUGAUUGGAAUAAAUUUAUUGCCGAUGAGCUUUAUGAUCACACGAAAGAUCCUCACGAGAUGAUAAAUCAAGCAAAUAAUACUGAUUAUAGAAAAACUAGAAUUAAAUUGAAGAAAUUAUUGAAGAGUGGAUGGAGACGAAGUUUGCCUCGAAAUUAUUUCCAAUUAGGCAAACGAUAACUCUUUUAUUUUAUUAUAUUUACGAUAAAAAUAAUGAUAAUGAAAAAACUAUGGUAAUUAAAAUUAAGCACUUACAAAAAAA